UUUGAUAUGAGAAAACCACAAAUGAGGCCUACAAACUUGACCACCACAACAGGAAUUUUAAACAGCAGUUAGUGUCACGCUGUUGUAGCAAUUAAAACGCCCCUGAGUCAAUCUUACAACCUAGCUAUAUAAAUACGUGUGUCCUUGGUCUUUGCCAUUCCAGAAACCCAUAUAAAUCAGAUCCUCCGCUUACUCUGUUGUAUACCACCACCACGCAAAGGGACCAGAAGAAUGAACCACCUAUAUCCCCCCUAUCCACCGCAGGAUCCAUUCAAUUCGCAGUCUACGUACCCAUCGUCCGGUCAAUCUCUGCCGGUGCAGCUUUUUGCCUUUUCAGGAGCACCCCAUGCUCAGACACCAAUUUCAUCCAAUGCGCCUACGUAUAUACAGGCAUUGAAAAGUCUCAUCGAAGCAAUGGUCUAUAGGAGCCACCAAAGCCGUGCGCCGAUAGUCCAGACACGCGCGGGAUUGGGCUUUUACGUCGCCCGUAUCAUGUGCCAGGACGAAGGUCGAAUGAUCGGACACGGAGUCUACGGUACUACAGAAGAAAAGGCUGUCUGGAACCUGAUGAUGGAACUGAGAAAUCAGGAAGAGUGGGCGACGGGACCGUCACGGUCACCACAGGGCGCCUUGAAUGAAGCCUAGACAAACGUGGAGACAGGCCAGUAUGAACGAAUGCAUUUUUCUGCUAUGAACAAGCGAUUGCGCAUGUCCCAUACGAACCAUGGUGGCACAUUUGGGGCCCUCGUAUACUGAGACUCAUUCACUAGAAUUCCAUAUGUUCCAGAAGGCAAAUGAAUGCAAGGCUUUGCCGAUAUCAUGAACAACUUAACCAUCUCAUAUCAUAAAGAUAUGUGCCGUUUUCGUCC